CCAAACCAAACUCACAAUUUGCGUGCCAUGUCUUCUGCUGAUGUAGCGCGCGAAAUACGCUCAAGCCUUCCGUCUACGGAUGAUAUUGUCGUUAACUAUAUCUCUGGUUACCUUGUUGAUGAUGCUGGAGCAGACGAGGAUGUCCUUCAGAUAACUCGCAACAUGCUCGAGUCCUUCGCGGAUGCGGAAGGAAAGCCGUCUGCGCUUGACGAGCUUCUCACAAAACUCGGAAAGCUUCUUUCCGCAAGGCUUUCUGUACGGAAUGCCGUCGCAGGAGGAGGACCAAGGAAGUUGGAGAAGGCGAUGGAGAUGGGAAGAACGGGUGCGAUCUCGAAUACAAUCGCUUUCUCGGAAGGUGUAGAUCUGGAGUCUAUCAAUAAAUCUAAAGCGACUCGAGUGGAUGUGAAGAAACUUGAAAAGCAGGAGGCGAAACUCAGAGCUAAACUUGAGAAACGUGCACACCGAGACUUAUACGAAGGAUCAAAAUUACUGGAUCAACACCGCAAGCAGCAAACGUAUGAGGAGAUGUUCCUAAAGGUCAACUCGCUUGAGGCACUCGCUGCGGGGAGGAACAAGAGCAAAGACAUUCACCUCCCAUCUAUCGACGUGACAUUUGGUUCGAAGCGUAUCCUAACCAACGCAAGCUUGACUCUUGCAUACGGGCGGAGAUAUGGACUCAUUGGUCGUAACGGUGUCGGAAAGUCGACAUUAUUAAGGCACAUUGCCUUACGUGAUGUACCGGUUCCUCCCCAUAUUACCAUACUUUUCGUUGAACAAGAGAUCGCAGGUGACGAGACGAGUGCAAUUGACUCUGUUCUAAAAGCAGAUGUCUGGCGCGAUUCGCUUCUAAAGGAAGAGACAUCGCUAAAUGAGAGACUUGCAGAAUUGGAAAAAGUCGGAGACGAUAAGCGGUUCGAAGAUGCUAGAGAGGAAGCUGCGGCGCGUCUUGCAGAAGUACAUCAAAGUCUUGCAGACAUGGAGGCAGAAAGUGGACCUGCAAGAGCUGCUUCCCUUCUGGCUGGUCUUGGAUUUAGCGAAGCAGACCAACAGCGGCCGACUAAAUCUUUCAGUGGUGGCUGGCGUAUGCGUUUGGCUUUAGCUCGAGCUCUAUUUGUCAAGCCGCAUCUGCUUUUGUUGGACGAACCUUCUAAUCACAUCGACCUGAACGCACUUGCUUGGCUUGAGGAUUAUUUGCAGACGUGGCCUGGGACAUUGCUUGUUGUUUCUCAUGACCGAGCAUUCUUGGAUGCGGUUGCCACAGACAUUGUUCAUCAACAUUCGGGACGUUUAGACUACUAUAAAGGGAACUUUACACAAUUCUACUCAACCAAAACCGAGCGUGACAAAAAAUUACAACGCGAAUAUGAAACUCAGAUGGAGUACCGGAAACAUCUUCAAGCGUUCAUAGAUCGGUGGAGAUACAAUGCUAACCGCGCCGCACAAGCGCAAUCAAAAAUCAAGAUUUUGGAGAAACUGCCAGAGUUGCAACCUCCGCAGACCGCGGAAACGGAGACAUUCAAAUUCCCAGACUGUGAAAAAAUAUCACCACCGUUAUUACAACUGUCCGGAGUUUCAUUUGGAUACACACCUGAUAGCCCUAUCCUAAAAAACAUCGAUAUUGAUGUUGGCCUUGACUCAAGGAUAGCUGUGGUUGGUGCGAACGGUGCGGGAAAGUCGACAUUGAUAAAGCUUCUUACCGGUGAACUACAUCCGCAAGGCGGACAAAUGAACCGCAAUGGUCGGUUGCGCGUUGGGUACUUCGCGCAGCAUCAUGUCGAUACAUUAACUCCAAGUAUGACCCCCGUUUCCUUCUUGGCAUCAAAGUUCCCUGGGAAGAGCGAACAGGAGUAUCGUAGUCAUCUGGGCAAUUUCCAGAUUAGCGGAAUGACAGGACUGCAACUGAUUGGAACGCUAAGUGGAGGUCAGAAGAGCCGUGUCGCAUUUGCAGCUCUAUCAUUACUUAGACCACAUGUUCUGCUUCUUGAUGAGCCAACUAACCACUUGGAUAUCGAGGGUCUGGAUGCGCUCAUGGCGGCGCUCAGCUCAUGGAACGGUGGUGUCAUUAUUAUUUCACAUGACGAACGGUUCAUCACUUCUGUCGCGAAAGAGCUCUGGGUCUGUGGCGGUGGCUCGGUGACGAAGUUCAUGGGCGACGUGCAAGCAUACAAGAACUUGAUUGUAAGCGGUCUGAAAGCGACGCCGUAACUCUGAGCCCUCCACUGUAUUUUACUGCAUUUCUCGUGGUUUUGUCAGUGAUCCAAUGGGCGAUCUGUACGCGUUUGGACUUUGAAUCCACGCCUUUAAUAGAAAUCGAGUUGUAGAAACGGUGUACAUAGAGCAUGAUAAUAUUGUUAACUCC